AUGGAUUCAGCUUUAUGGCAGGAAGCACGUGGGCUAGCUAGUGGACUUGACGAUUCUUCCGAAUUACAAUUCGACAUAGAAUCAUCUUCAUUGCUCUUGCGCAACGAUUUCGAGAGUACGUCUCCAUUCGGAGCACCCACUCGAUAUCUGUCACGCAACAUGACAGCACGUCUUUACGAGCAACGAGAUUCGGCAGCCGCGAUGGACCAGACCGUGGAUACUGUGGUAAAGAGUGCAAAUGACACUGCCAAUCCCAAGAUGUUGACUUCUGCGCUCGAGGGAGGAAAUUCUCGUGCUGGAGCCCGUACACUCGAGUCGUUGACCCCGGCUCUUGAAGGUGAUUCUAUCAUCAAGAAUGCCUCUCAAAUUCUGCACCCAUCAACUCUCUGUCAAAGCCUCAUUACAGCAAGUCAUGAGCCAAAGUCGAUUUCUACUGAAGCUGCUACGCCAAAGGUUUCAUUGCCACUCACGGAGUUCCAUCUCUUUUCGAAACUUCCCAUCGAACUCAGGACCAUGGUGUGGAAGGAAGUGUUCCCGGAGGAGGCUCGUAUAGUUGAGAUCUUGUGGACCGAGGAUCGCGAGUUCAGCACCAGAAUUCCUAUUCCGAUCGAGUUGCACCUAUGCUCUGAGAGUCGUUCUCUUGCCUUGAAGAAGUACAAAGUCCUAGAAGUCGAAAACAACGUACCCGAGAGCACAGACAGUGAGACGAAUACAAAGAGUGCAGCGAAGGCUGCCAAGCUUAGCCCCCAGGAGUCCAGCGAGAAGUCCCUUCGGCCUUUCCGUGCCUACUUCAACUGCGCCAAAGACGUGCUUUACUUCCCAAAGAAUUGUGACACUAUAAACAAUUAUGGGGAAAUCUUUGGGUCCUUCUUGUGUAAGCUCAAUCACGAAGCAAUAUCGACCUUACAACAUCUUGCCCUUAACGACCCACAAGCCGCUUACACUUUGACGAAGUCGAAUCUCCUUAAGUUAUCCAAACUCCGAACAAUUUAUGUGAUUGCUACGGAUGUACUCCAUUGCUGGGGGCUUUGUGAACUCAAUCACUGCAACUCAUUACCGCCUUACCAAGCACCAACCGGGUUCAAGAGAAGAAGUACCCAGAGGUCAGUAGUCUUAAGAUCGUCUUCAGAUCCAGGAGUUAGUCGCACAAUAAGCCUCGACAACAUAUGGGCAAAGAUGGUCAAGAAGGAAAUACCAGGCUGGAAGACUCGUUUACUGGCUAGAGGUGCAGGCAAAGCAAUGGUGGUGCAGCUGGAUUUUCAACUUAUUGAUAUUCUUCGAGCGGGAUCAUCUUCGAACGCAUCCAGCAAGCGGGAUAAACAUCUUCAAGGAUAA